CAGUGCAGGAAGGUGUCAUCACCCGGGACAUCCACCGCACCUUUCCGGCACACGACUACUUCAAGGACUCUGAUGGAGAUGGACAGGAUUCCCUUUACAAGAUCUGCAAGGCCUACUCUGUCUAUGAUGAGGAAAUCGGUUAUUGCCAGGGUCAGUCAUUCCUCGCUGCUGUUCUCCUGCUGCACAUGCCAGAGGAACAGGCCUUCUGUGUGUUGGUGAAAAUCAUGUAUGAGUAUGGCCUCAGAGCUCUCUACAAAAACAACUUUGAGGAUCUCCACUGCAAGUUCUACCAGCUGGAGAGGCUGAUGCAGGAACAGUUUCCAGACCUGUGGUCCCACUUCCAGGAGCUGAACCUGGAGGCACACAUGUACGCCUCCCAGUGGUUCCUCACCCUCUUUACUGCCAAGUUCCCACUGUGCAUGGUUUUCCACAUCACUGACCUGCUGCUCUGUGAGGGUCUAAACAUCAUCUUUAAUGUGGCCCUGGCCCUGCUCAAGACGUCCAAAGAGGACCUCCUGCAGGCGGACUUUGAAGGGGCUCUCAAGUUCUUCCGAGUCCAGCUCCCUAAACGCUACAGAGCUGCAGAGAAUGCCCGCAGGCUUAUGGAGCAGGCCUGCAACAUCAAGGUUCCAACCAAAAAGCUGAAGAAGUUUGAAAAGGAAUAUCAGACACUGCGAGAGAGCCAGCUGCAACAGGAAGACCCCAUCGACCGAUUCCAGAGAGAGAACCGUCGUCUUCAGGAGGCCAGUAUGCGUCUGGAACAGGAGAAUGAUGACUUGGCCCAUGAACUGGUCACCAGCAAGAUUGCCCUUCGGAAUGACCUUGACCAGGCAGAAGACAAGGCUGAUGUUUUGAACAAAGAGCUGCUGAGCACCAAGCAACGCCUGGUGGAGACUGAGGAGGAGAAGAGACGACAGGAGGAGGAGACGGCGCAGCUGAAGGAAGUGUUCAGGAGGGAGCUUGAAAAAGCUGAGCUGGAGAUCAAGAAAACCACAGCAAUCAUAGCUGAAUACAAACAGAUCUGCUCCCAGCUGAGCACCAGACUCGAAAAACAGCAGGCAGCAACAAAAGAAGAGCUGGAUAUCGUCAGGAGUAAAGUAAUGGGCUGUGACCACUGUAAGGACCUUUUUACAACCCUGGGGUCCCUCCAGGCUUCGUCCCCGGGCAGAGACAAGACAUCCUCUGAGCCGCUGGAUGAGGAGAAGGACGGGCUGAAGGAGCAGCUGAGGCAUCUGGAGCUGGAGCUGGCACAGACCAAACUGCAACUGGUUGAGGCCAAGUGCCGCAUUCAGGAGCUCGAACACCAGCGGGGAGUCCUGAUGAACGAGAUCCAGGCAGCCAAGAACUCGUGGUUCAGCAAGACUCUGGGCUCCCUGAAGAGCUCAGCCUCCUCUUCCUCCAGCUCCACCUCCCAGACCCCAUCCUCUCCAAAGGAGGGCCCUGUGUAGACAACCCUGCGUCCAUCUCUGAUUGCCCUGCAGGAUGCACACUAGAGCUGAGGAACAAGAGUUGGAAAAACAAGCAGCGGAGAAAUGCAGUAUUCCUUUUCCAGCCGGUGGCAGAGUGAUGCUCACCAGCUUCUGGGACUGCAAAAAGCUGUAAAGAUGAGGGAAGGAAAAAGGGUGGAGGACUGGACCUGUCGCCUGUCUUUCACAAAAUGUUUACAUUUGAGUGAACUAAAAAAAGUCUGUUGACCCUCUCUGCGUCACAGUUGAUGUGACAGUUGAGAAUAAAUCAUCAGUGAGGCUUAACGUUGAUUUAAAGUUCAGUUGUCAUUGCUGACACUGUUUUCUUAGAGUUCUUAUAAAAAAAAGCUUAAAUAGGCAUACACAAUGGCAUUCCUCUUGCAAGUGAAUAAUUUAGCUCCACCUUGUGGUCAGAUAUAGUUACUGCAGAGUUAAAGUAAUAUUAUCUGAGUGAGAUUAUAUUUUUUAGGUAGCUGAAAAUUAAACCUGCAUUCACUUUCUUCACAAUUUUAUCAGUAAUUUCAAUGAAAGUGAUACAGCUACAGAUGGAGAAAUAUUAUACAUUUACUGCAUAGAAUUAUAGGGAUCUACAUUAACCAUCUUCAGCGCAGCAAAGCCACAGCGCUCUGAAAAAGGAAUACUGCAUUCAGUCUUAAACAAGAACAACACAAAAGUUGUAUUUCUUUAUAGUAAUAUAACGUAAACAAUGUUGUCAUAUAAAUAUGUAUAACUAAUUAUUGAUUUUUGUAAUAAUCUUGUACAGUUCUUUAAGAGAAGAAAAAAACAAGGAAAUUGUUCUUUAAUUUCUUCUUCUUCUUUUUUUUUUACCAUUUUGAAUUUGAAUGUCAUCUCUCUAGAUGUUGACGUAAGCACAGUAUGUGAUCGAUCUGGUCGAGUCCAAAGGCUGGAGAACCAAAGUGACAACCUGCAGAGAUCUUAAUGUCCCUACUGUUUCCUCAGUCAUGGGUUUAAACUUGAGGUGCGUAAUAUCACUCUAAAAUUUGGGAGUGAUAUUACACGCUUGAUAAUUUUUUUAAUUGUAUUUUUUUAAUCUCAGUUUAAGCUCAUGCCUGGAUGUGUUAAAUAGUCUGUUGAAGUGAUCAUAACAGAGAAGGACUCUUUUCCCUCUCUGUGUCCGUUUUGUCUUUGUUAUAGUUUUAAAUAAUCAGUUGGGAUUUUCAUAGCACAAUGUCACACAUCUUCAGUGAUAAUGGGAAGUCUUCAGAGUGGUUUUAAAUAUGUAGAAGCUGCAUAUUGACCUUUGUUUGAGAUGUUCAGUUUUGAAAAUGUUUUUUGAUCUUUUACUGUUAAGCUUGUUUUUUUAAAGGGACAUUUCACCCCAUAUUUUUCCUCUUAUGCGUAGUACUAUUCAUCAGUCCACAUGGUUGUGGUGUGAGUUAUCGAGUUUCGGGAAUAUCCGUCCCUAGAAUGUCUGCUGUCUGUCAAACUUAAUGGAACUAGAUGGCAGUCCAUUUUUGAAAAACUCAACAGCAAUGUCUCUUUCCAGAAAUCAUGGCCCAGUUACUCAAAGAUAAUCAACAAAUCUGCAGUUUCAUGUAGGAACUUCUUUUUCCAAACCAAAUUUCACCUGUCAACCGUAUCACCGCGUGGAAGAAAGCGUGCAUCUACUCAUGGAAGAGCGGCUCGUGCUCGUUAUGGUGUGAGAUGUGAACAUUAAUGGCGUCCUCCUCCGAUGAGCUGAGACAUAAGUCAUUGGUGCUAGAUGAGCUCGCAGUAGAUGCUUGUUCCCUUCUGCACAGUUAUAUGGUUGCUGGAAAAAAGUUUGUAAGAAGGAAAAUAGUUCCUACAUUAAAUUGCUCUGUGGAUGAUCUUGAGUAACCAGGUCAUAAUUUUUAGAAAGACA